CGCCGAAAGCUAGCGCCUUCUACAAGAAUCUUUUUUACUCCACUGUUCAUAAAAAUCUGAAACAAAGCUUGAACAGGUUUGGAAAAAAAAUAGAGAAACAAAUAAAGGGAUGUCAAUGAGGGAAGCUUUGCUUGGAUUUUUCUUAGUAUUUAUUGCUUUCUUCAGCGAAAUAGCUUCUGCUACCGUUGUUUUUAAGCCGUUCUCUAUUUCCUUGCCAGACCUUCCUGCCAAAUUCGCUGUUGGGAAUAACACCUCCGUCUGCGGUGCUCUUGAAGUGGCGGUUCCCUUGGAUGCUUGCACAACGCUCCGAAACGAAUUCGGAUCCAAUAAAAGUGACACUGUAAGGUUUGCUUUGAUAAUUAGAGGCAAUUGUUCUUUCGAGGAGAAAAUCCGAAACGCUCAAAAUGGGGGAUUUUCUGCCGCAAUUGUUUUCGAUGAUAAAUAUAGUAGCAAUUUAGUCUACAUGAUGGUGAACCCUAAAGGAAUCAACGUGCUAGCUGUUUUUAUUUCUAAAUCUUCUGGUGAAUUUUUGAAAGAUCGUGCUAGAGGUGAAAAAGGGGAAUGCUGUAUUUACCCACCCUUGAAUGGGAAGGCGUGGACGGUCUUUGCUAUUUGUUUCCUAUCACUUGUUGUUAUAGCAGCUUUCUUGGUGAUAGCCUUUAUUGCUCCCCGAAGCUUGUCGAAUUGGCGAAGAAGAAAUUUAGUAAAAUGUGUGGAUACUAAAACGGUUGAGGCUCUUCCUUGUGUUGUGUUCAGUUCCGACCAUGCCAGUACUUACGCAGAAACUUGUGCGAUUUGCCUUGAGGAUUAUAAUGAUGGGGAACUUCUUAAAGUGCUUCCUUGUCAACAUGAUUUUCAUUCAAGUUGUGUAGAGUCAUGGCUGACUAAGUGGGGAACAUUCUGCCCUGUAUGCAAACUCGAUAUGACAACCAAGUUUGCAUAUUCUGAGCAUGUCACGAAGAUACAAUUUUUCUACAUUCUCUCCUUUAUUGCAAAGAUAAGAAUCUUAAUCCGACAUAUCUUCUUGUCACUGAACUCUCUUCAUAUUCAUUCGACAGGUCAAGAGGAGCAGCAGGGUUUAGAAUCAAUUAUUUUUAACACGAUCUUUUGGCUUGUUUUCUAUCAGGAGUGCUUUCUGUGCUUGCAAGUGCCAUCCCCAUCAGAAGUUUGUUUCUGCACCGGUCUAUUCACAUCAUGCACAAAUUGUCUGGGAUGAUGCUGAUGUAGCCUUUUAAUGUCCAGCCAGUAUAUUUACUGCAGCGUGAUAGGUAACAACUCAUCUUCCCGGCAUCAAAUUGAUUGGUCCACCGGUGUUGAGCCAUCUAAUUUUCAACCAAAGGGUUAAAAAACUAGCAGUCUUUCCAGCACGAAAUCCUUGUAAAUGGUACUUUCAUUUAGUCCAGAAAUGGCCGAAUUAUGUAAACAAUUUCCUUGGAGGAUAUUCAUACUAGUCUUUCACCA